AUGGAGGCGUACGAUGAGAAGUCGGCUUCGCCAGCACCCGCACCCGGUCGACAGUCGAGCAAGGCUAGGGUUAGGGGUACCCGUUUAGGCAAUGCUUCAAGGGUUAGGGUUAGGGGGGUAGAAGGGGGUUUUAGGGUGCAUGCGCGGAAGGCCAAUGUUAGUGUUAGGGUUAGUGGUAGUAUUAGUGGGUUAGGGGUUAGGGCUCGGCGGGAAGAUAUAAACGGACGCGAACGCGCGCAGACGACAGAAAACACCAGUGAGACCACAGCGGACGAGAUGGCACCAAAGAUAGCAGAGAGGAAGAUGGCAACUAAAAUGCCAGCGGGAAAGGCGCCGAUGGACAAGAAGGAAGCAGGGAAGCGGAUGUCAGCAGACAAGAAGAAGAGGUCGAGGUCGCGAAAGGAGACGUAUUCGUCGUAUAUCUACAAAGUGCUUAAGCAGGUGCACCCGGACACGGGUAUAUCGAACAAAGCGAUGUCGAUUCUUAAUAGCUUUGUGAAUGAUAUUUUUGAGCGUAUUGCUAGUGAAGCUUCAAAACUUGCUUCGUACAACAAGAAGUCAACUAUUUCUUCACGUGAAAUUCAAACUUCUGUUCGUCUGAUACUUCCUGGUGAACUUGCAAAACAUGCUGUGUCUGAAGGAACGAAGGCUGUAACAAAAUACUCAUCGUCGAGCAAAUAAGGACGCGGAUACCGCGACAUGUGCAGUUUUACUUGUGUAGCAAUUCUUCAUUUAGCUUUUAUUGUCAGAUUAUAGAUAUCAAUGUGUAUUGUUAGUCUAUAUACAAUGUUGU